UAGUUCACUUUAAUAUUCAAAUCUCUUCGGGAUCUUUAAUUUUUUCGAAGACUUCAAGUUGUAAGGUCGUGGACUGUGACUAGAAAAAUAAUUCCAGCAAAAUUCCAUUGUCUUAAAAUCGGUCGCCAAAAUGUAUGCAACUAAUUACGAUGCUGAAAAUAAAUUGUGGACUGGAAACGAUUACACUCCACUCUUUCAUCCUAAAAUUUCACUCGGCCAAGUCUUCCAGCGGUUCAUGAAAGUAAACGGAUCGAACUUGGCUCAGAUCUGUGACGAUACAGGCGAACGGAUGGAUUACAAUGAGAUGUGGUUGAAAACUGUUCGGGCAGCGCAGAAUCUCCGAAAGCUUGGAUAUUCCAAAGGGGAUGUGUUUUCGUACUCGGUUAUGGAUCGUCACGUUGCUCCAGUUAUUUACGCAGCAUUCUGCUUGGGAUGUCCGGUGAACACCAUUAGUCCAUCUUUCGGGAAAUCGGACAUGAUUCACGUCUUGAGAAUUGCGAAGCCAAAGUUAAUGUUCUGUGACGUUGAGCGACACCACUUCGUGUCUGACUGUUUGUUGGAAGCCGAAUUAGAUGCCAAAAUCAUUACAUUUGGUGGGUCAACGAUGCAUUCUUAUCCCGUUGAAAAUUUAUUCGUUGGAACGGGAAUGGAGCACACCUUCUUACCUACUCCUGUUGAUGGAGCCAAAGACGUUGCAGCCUUAGUUUGUUCAUCCGGUACAACAGGACUAUGCAAAAUUGUGGCAUUAUCACAUAUGAACAUAGUCGAGGGUUGUGGUAAUAUCACCUCUCUCCAUGCUGGUGACAUCCAUUACUGUCCGGGUUUAUUCUAUUGGAUAUCCGGGCUGUACAUUUUCGUAUUAGGUGUCAUUCAUGGAGCAACAGGUGUAGUUACCAAAAAACCAUUUUCAACUGACCUGCAGAUUCGUUUGGUCCAGAAGCACAGAAUUAGCUUUCUGAUGAACUCGCCGCACCAUUUAGUUAUGACGUUGAAAAAUGAAGCCAUCAAAACUGCAGAUUUGUCGAGUAUAAAAUGUUACUUCGUUGGCGGAAAUCGUAUGCCUUUGGGAGCACCUGCCGAAAUCAAUAAACUCUUGUCGAAUGGAAAAUUAGUCACGGCCUAUGGUCAGACAGAAUUGUCGCUUCUGGUUAGCGGAACAUUUGAAAGGAUUGUCGAAGAAGAUCACGUCGGCCAACUAGCCAAGGGUGUUACUGUUAAGAUUGUCGACGACGUGGGUGCUCGAUGUGGAGUAGGGAUUGAUGGUGAAAUUUGUGUCAAAACCUGUCACCCAUUUUUGUACUACUACGGUAAUGAAGAGGCGACCACAAAUGCGUUCGACAACGAAGGAUUUCUAUUGACUGGAGAUGUGGGUCGGUUUGAUGAGAACGGUGAUCUGCACAUUGUGGACAGAUUGAAAGAAAUUUUCAAAAGCAAUAACUUUAACAUUAACCCGUCGGAAAUCGAAUCGUUUCUCAUUCAAUUGCCAGACAUUGAGUCGGUUUGUGUGCUAGGGAUUCCAGACGCUUCGGUUGGAGACUGGCCAGCCGCAGCUGUUGUACGAAAGAAAAAUUCAACUAUAACCGAACGUGAUAUCUACGAUAUGGUUGCAAAAAAUUUUGACGACUAUAAACAUCUUCGCGGCGGUGUUCAUUUUUUGGACGCAUUUCCAUUCUCAGUGGGGGGAAAGUUUCUACGUAGACAAAUUAGAAACACAGUAGUCAGACUAUCUAAUUCUUAGCAGAGUGAGAAUAUUUCAAUUUUGGUUCAAAUAAAUUAAUUGGAAAAUUGAA